AUGGGCAUCACGUCGAGGAGCCCGACAAGCCCGUCGUCCUCGCGCGCGACAAUGCUGUUGAUCACGGUGGCCUGGUUUGGCGUAUACGCGGAACAGCGCCAAAUGACUGCUACCUUGACGCUGACCGCCCCGUGGGCUACCCAGUACAGAACGGCUCCUCUCAGUCUUGACCUUCAUCGAGAAAUCGCGGGCGUGGAAGCCAGCAUGCUCGUGUGCUCGUUUGUCGUUGUCGCGCUCCUGGUUCCGUUCGUCAAUCAUGCCGUGUGCAAGGUGGAGACCAGCGUCACCAAUGUAGCUCUUGCACGAGGAAAUGCAGCUCCCCGCAUCAACAUCGCCCGCCAAGAUGAAGCUAUCCCUGCGACCCAGUCUGCGCCGAGUCCACCACGGCCGCUCAUACGUCUUUUUCGUCCCCUGGUGCUUCUGCUGGCGCUUUCGGAGAUGGAGCUCAACCAGCCCCCGGACCCGGUGCCGUGCAUCGAGCACACGACGCCUACGAACUUUGUGCCAUGCAUGGAGUACAAAACGCCGCCGGACCCGUUGGCGUACUCGGGGGUGUACAACUAUCCUCCUGACCCGAUGGCGUACAUGAGGUCUACAACACUCCUGGGUUCGAUGGCGUGCAUGGGAACCUCCACGCUCCCGGACUCGGUGGCGCAGCCCAUGUAUCCGCUAGCAUCCAAGACGUGUACCAUGUACGGGAGCAUUUAUUACUGA